ACAAUCUGAAACUACAACAAAGAUGGCGGAUGUACCUGAAACUGCUCCUGAGCACUGUCCUGGAACAAAGAGCGAGGAGGCAGGAAAGACGUCUGCAUGUCAGGGCUGUCCAAACCAGAAACUGUGUGCUUCUGGAGCCACCAAGGCACCAGACCCUGCCAUAGCAGAAAUAGGGCUGAAGCUGGCCACCAUCAAACACAAGAUCCUGGUCCUGUCUGGGAAAGGAGGUGUGGGAAAGAGCACUUUCAGUGCUCACCUGGCCCACGCGCUGGCCAGUGACAGCACAAAGGAGGUUGCUCUGCUGGACAUUGAUAUCUGUGGACCAUCUAUUCCCAGGAUCAUGGGUUUAGAAGGAGAACAGGUGCACCAGAGUGGGUCGGGCUGGUCUCCUGUGUAUGUGGAAGAGAAUCUGGCAGUCAUGUCUAUUGGGUUCUUGCUUAGCAGCCCCGAUGAUGCUGUCAUCUGGAGAGGACCAAAGAAGAACGGGAUGAUAAAACAGUUCUUGAGGGAUGUUGACUGGGGAGAUUUGGAUUACCUCAUUGUGGACACGCCCCCUGGCACCUCUGAUGAGCAUCUGUCAAUUGUCCAGUACCUUAGCUCCACCCAUGUGGAUGGCGCAGUCAUCAUCACCACACCACAGGAGGUGUCACUGCAGGAUGUCAGAAAAGAGAUCAGGUUCUGUCAGAAGGUCAAAGUGCCAAUCAUCGGCGUGGUGGAGAACAUGAGUGGAUUUGUCUGCCCCAAGUGCAAGAAUACCUCACAAAUCUUUCCUCCCACCAGUGGGGGCGCUGAAAGAAUGUGCACAGGUCUGAACCUUCCUCUGUUAGGGAAAGUUCCUCUUGAUCCACGGAUAGCACGGAGCUGUGACGAGGGCAAGUCCUUCCUCAGUGAAGUUCCCGACUCUCCUGCUGCCAACGUCUACCACAGCAUUGUGCAAAGAAUUCAGGAUUUUUGUUCAAGCCACAUGUCAGAGGAGCAGAUCCCUACCUGAGGCCGGUCUGACGGGUGUCACACUGGAUCAAGACUCUGAACUAUGUCACAUGAUCGGGGGGGUAAUCGAGAGGCAAACAUAGAUCAGGACUCAUUAAAGUUCAGUCUCUCACUAGUGUUAAAGUCAGUAAAAGAAAUCUAAAUUCAAAUCAACAAUGUUUUAGUGGGUUUCUUUCUUUAACAGCCAAAUAUUUCCACAGGGUUUUUCU